UGAAACGCUACAAUGUUAAAAUGUCAACGUCUCUAAAACCACCGAAGAAGAACAGCACCCAGCUUGUAGUUCCAAGUAGGAAACAUUUCGGGCACUGAGGGGUAAACAAGGUCUGUGUGAAGUUAACGGGAGUCUCUGAUGGUGGCAGGAAACUGGAAAACUAUCAGGAUUGGAGACAGUGCACGGAAGUAGCCUAGUUUUUCCACUAAAGACAAAUGGUUUUGAGUCAUGGAUCAAGCUAUUGUGGACAGUCCUGUCACCCUUGUCAUCAGGGCUCCCAAUCAGAAGUACAAUGACCAGACAAUCAACUGUUUCCAGAACUGGACUGUGGAGAAACUGAAAGCCCACCUGUCUGAUGUUUACCCAAGUAAACCAAGCUCCAAAGACCAGAGGCUGGUGUAUUCUGGAAAGCUGCUUUUGGAUCACUUUACCUUAAAAGAUGUGCUCAGGAAGCAGGAUGAGUACCAUAUGCUCCAUCUGGUGUGCGCCUCCAGAACCCCUCCCAGCUCCCCAAAGCCCCCCCGCAGUGGCAGUAACAAGCCUCAGGAGAGCGCUGCCGGUCCCACGGCCCUUCAGAGCUCCAGCAGCCCUGUACAGGAUGGCCAGACGUCUACGGCAGAGAGCAGUGAUGGGCUCCGACAGCGAGCCGGACCCUUCCCCUACCCACACAUGUAUCCACAGUUUAUGCACAGCUGGAAUCAGUUCUCCUCACAGCCGAACCUUCCCACAAACACGCCUGCGUAUUACAACCCCAUGACCCUCAUGUGGUGGCAGCAGCUGUACGCCAGACAGUACUACAUGCAUCAUCACUUACUGGCCGCCUCCUCACAGAACCUCAGGCCCGACCAGCCUUCCGCUCAGCCCAACCAGUCGGAUCCCCUGAGCCAGCGGCCUCAAGGGGGUCGCCAUGGCAACCCAGAAGUCCAGAUGAACGCCCAGGGAGGGGAGAUCCUGAACGAGGAGGAGCUGAACCGGGACUGGCUGGACUGGGUGUACACGUUCUCACGAGCUGCCAUCUUACUCAGUAUAGUCUACUUCUACUCGUCCUUCAGCCGCUUCGUCAUGGUGAUGAUGGCCAUGCUGGUGCUGUACCUGCACCAGGCCGGCUGGUUUCCCUUUAAUCUGGAAAACGAGCUCCAGCUUCCUGGAGACAGAGCCAAUCAGGACGACAUGGAGGGAGAGUUACAAAACCACGACCUACAGGAAAUGGAAGGAGCGACGGACGACGGCUCUGAUGACGAGAGUGGAGAGGAGGGAGCAGAAGAUCCCAACAGCGCCCCUCACACCGGCUUCCUGUCCUCCACCUGGUCCUUCAUCAUCACCUUCUUCAUGUCGCUGAUCCCAGAGGGGCCACCCAACGCUGCUAACUGAAGCCCCACACCGGAGCUCGUUGUUCCUUUAAGAGGAGGGUGGAAAUCCUGCCUGCUUUAGGGAAACUGUUUCUGUUGCAACGCAGUGUUCUAGUUUCCCAGUAGUCUAGUCCGUAUGUAAAACUCUGAGCCAAAACACGAGUGACCGAUUUAACCUAAAAAGAGAAAAGCACGGUCAUUUCACAUGGAGUUUUUGUUUCUUCUCGUUGUCGUCGUUUGUCUGCACCGAGACAAGAAUUUCAAGCAUUUCUAGUGACGCCUUGUAAACAUAGACAGCAGGCAGAUUUAUAACGAAAACUCAUUUCAGCACUUUUGUUUUUUUCUUUGUAAGAAGCUGCAAUAUUUGUUCAAAAUAGUUUUGCUUGAAUUGCUUUGUGGUCAUAUUCAAAUAAGACAUUUUAGAAAAGGGCCACUUUAAGUCCAGAAGCUGAAUUUCAGAGUUUAAUCAUGAAUCUUAUAGCAUUUAAAAAUGAGUUACACCAGUGAUUCUUGGCCUCGGCUUGUCUGAACACAUUCAGUGGCUGCUGAGGUGUUAUUUUUAUUUUUAUUCCUUUUUUUUAAAUUUUAAACUGUACCACUAAUUCCUUCUGAUGAAUUGAUCUGUCACCUUUAAUGGAGCGUUAUCAUUACUGGGAGUUAAGUUGUGGCAUUGAGUGAACAAUUACAAAAUCUAAAAAAUGACGAAGCACUUCCACAUUGCAGAGUUCAAGUAGGACUAAUAAUCCACCUCCUGAGUUUAUGAAAAUGAUGCCUGCUGUUACAUUGAACAUGUUGUGUACCAAUAAUAAUAUUCAUGUUUAUUAAAAGUACAUUCAUUGUAAUGAAGUGA